AUGGAGACCAAGACCACAAACACCCCUGCCCCCAUCGAAAAGGCGAGCACUCAACCGACUCCUCGGCGUCAUGUCCGGCGCGAUGAUCGGCUUCCGUUUCAAGCGCCUCUCCCACCCGACUGUCUUACCUCCUCAGAGCAUGCCAGCCUCGGGCGCCUCGAGGACCUCGAGGGACUCGAGGGACGCGGAACGGAACGCCUCACACUGGAUCUGGUCUUUGCGAGCCGAGAUGCCGAGUUCAAGCGCUCGUCGAACAACUUCAAGCGCGAGCUGCUGGCCUACACCGAGGUGUUCACCAUCGACAUGCAUCACUCAUGCUCUUGUGCCGUCUUUGCCGACGUCUGGGCAGAGCUGUUUCCCAACCUCAUAGUCCUCCGCAUAGCACCUAUCAUCUCCGAUCGUGCCGACAACUGGUGCGUCGCACCCAUGUGCUCACCGGGCAUGAAUGCAUGCCCAUCUGGCGACGAGUCGUGCGCCUUCCUCACCAAGUUGAAGCCAAGUAAGAUCGUAUGGGCAUGGACUGCCGGUUCCGACAACUUCCAAUGGAACUUGGUACCCGAUGUCGAGGUCUUCCUCUUCCUCUGUGCGUCAUUCCUCGCGCUCGGCUCCCCCCAGCGUCUGUGGUUGGGCAGCCUCCUUACCCACUGGCCCAGGAUGCCGGCAAUCAAGAUUGUCUUCCUGGGUAGCUUUGAGGGCAGCAGCCACGGCGUCGGUGACCGCCGCCGGACUCAACAAGCUCACCUCAAGGAUUUCAAGGCCCUUGCCAAGCAGGGCUUGGCCAAGCUCGUGACAACCUACAAGCAUUACAAGGGACGAAAGGUUACUGUUACGGUCUCGAGACCCUCAAAUUUGAGCUCAAGGACAAUCCUCUAG